AAUCUCGAAUUUCCCUCGAGCCCAGCAGGACCCGCAAGCUCUAGUUAGAGAGACCUGUACUACCGAUCAUGCGUAUCUCGGGAGUAUUCCGCGCAGCUCUGCUGGCUACGGCUGCGAUCUCAGCCUUCUCGCUACCUGCGUCGACUGAGGCCAACACGGUGGUCGUGAACAGCGAGAACAACGUGGCGGCUUUCGAUGCAUCCAUGAUCCAUCCGUCGAUCGAGACCCGUGUGCUGGCUGCUGCUCCUGCUUCUGAGGACGACGAGGACACGCCGACCCCGGCCCCAAGUGGCAAGAAGAAAAAGAAAAAAAAAUCCUCGUCUAAGACUGUGGCCAGCGAGGAUGGAGCAAUCAGCUCGUCAAAAAAGGAGUCUGCCGAUAAAGCGGCGACCACGGACGCACCCAAAAAGAAGAAAAAGAAGUCCACACCCGCUUCUGAGGAUGAUACGGAGGCCCCUGCGAAAUCGACCAAGUCGACCAAAUCUUCCAAGUCUUCCAAGUCUAGCAAGUCGAGCAAGGCGGCGGCGGCGGCGGCUACGACCACCACGACUACCACCACCGCGGCCACUGCGGACGAGGAGACCCCGGAGCCCGCCAUUGACGACUCUGUCACCGACAAGAAGAUCAAGGGUAACAAGAACGAGGGUAUCAUUGAUGGCUCCUCGGAAGGUAGCGCCGAAAUUGAUAAGAUUGAUCUGCGUAAUGAGGACGGCUGGGUGAGUGUGUACGACGACCCUCCGCUGCUCGUCAUCAAGGCCUCGCUGUACGCUUUCAUUUCGUACAACGACACGGAAGUGUGCGACACCUUCAACAUGACCAUGAACGCUGUGGAGCAGAAGGCAGAGGAGAACGGACGCUUCUCGUACCACGUUGUCUCCUACAUCAACUGUACCAAGGACGGCGAAGACGAGACUCAGGGCCGAUUCAUCCUUAACUUCAUUCCGGAGGGAAAGCGUCUGCUUCUGACCGAGUGUGGUCACCGUGAAGAGGGUGAGAUUGUCAACUGGCUGCGUAUCCAGGAGGAGGUGCCCGAGUGCAUGACCCCCUCACAGCGUAAGAAGUUCCUUGCUCAGCCCAUGAAGCACAUUCACGCCACCAACGGUACUACGGAGACUGAAGCCGUGCAGACCGACUUCCUGUCCCGACUCGAGGAAUUCGACAGGGAGGAGGUCGCAAUUGUCGGCUCCGCUACGGUGGCGCUUAUCGCAAUUAUCGUCGCUCUGGUUGUCUUCAUCAUACGUAAGCGUAAAGCACAGAAGGACCUGGAGCGCACCAUUGCCGGUGCCAAGGCCGAGCACGCUGUUGAGGACGACGACGUGCAGACGGAGCCUGAGGAGAAGGCCACAAAGGAGCGCAAGGGUCUCAUGGACAGCUCUAAGGCCAAGAGCGACGACCCUGACAUGGAGGAAGGCUCGUUCGUCAACUCUCCCGCUGUGCGCGUGUAAACCUAGCUGCGUUUUCGACUAAGUGGUUGACUUCUCGUGGAUUUGAGUGCGGAAUUCGAUCGUAGACUUUGAACUAGGAGACAUUAGCUGUGGCUAUAGCUAGCUAGCUUUCCUUGCCGGUUCCUGCCAGCCUCGAGAUGUCUGCGCUAUUGCAAUGCGCUUGUUCUAAUGCAUUUUGUGUUGAAAUAUAUUCGCGCAGUUUCAUCUUGUAAAA